AUGCCUGAGAGAUAUAAGGACGGGUGCUCCACCACCUUCCCAUCACUCCUCACCACCAUGAACACACUCCUGAUCCUAGCUUUCGUGGGUGCUGCUGUUGCUUUCUCUGCUGAUGAUGAUGACAAGAUCGUCGGGGGUUACACCUGCACAGAGAAUUCCGUCCCCUAUCAGGUGUCCCUGAGCUCUGGCUCCGAUGACACCCCUGGAUGUGGAGGCUCCCUUAUCAACGAUGAGUGGGUGGUGUCAUCAGCUCGGUGCUGCAAGUCUCACUUCCAAGUGAGGCUGGGAGAGCACAACAUUAAAAUCCUGGAGGGCAACGAACAGGUCAUCAACUCAGCCAAGGUCAUCUGCCAUCCCGACUUUGAUAGCUGGACCAUAGACAAUGACAUCAUGCUGAUCAAGCUGGCCUCGCCUGCCACCCUUAAUGCCCACGUGUCUCCCAUAUCGCUGCCCAGUGCCUGUGUGCCCGCCGGCACCGAGUGCCUUAUCUCUGGCUGGGGCAAAACCCUGAGGAAUAGUGACCUGCUGCAGUGCGUGAAGGUCCCCCUGAUGAGUGAUGCCCAGUGCAAGGCUGCCUACCCUGGGGAGAUCACCAGCAACAUGAUCUGUGCCGGCUUCCCCGAGGGUGGCAAGGAUUCCUGCCGGGGUGACACUGGUGGCCCUGUGGCCUGCAAUGGAGAGCUCCAGGGAAUCACCUCCUGGCCCUUUGGCUGUGGCCAGAAGGACAUGCCUGGGAUCUAUACCAAGGUCUUCCCACCACUCACUCUGAGAAAGGCACAGGGGAAAUCCUGCUUCCUCCCCGCAACCCCAGCCUCAGCAAUUCUUCCCGCCCCAUCAAGUGGCCAAGCUCAAGUUGCACAGAUAUAGGUCCAAACAGUAAGGAAUGCCUGCCCCCUGCUGCCGACUUGAUGAAUGACUCCAACUUGAGACCUGCCGAAAUGGUCUGUGUCCCUUAGGAGAAAAAAUGGCAUGCGCACUUGGGAAUAGUAAAACUGACCGGCUCCGUGAGCUUUGGGAGAAACUAUGAUGCC